GUUUAUUCUAUUCCAACUCCCAUGGAUCAUCAGUGAUUAUUCUUAAACUCUUUAGUUCCCCCUUAUUGUUUGGUCCUAUCCAUUUAUUAUUUUUAAAUGUUGCUAUUCUUCAUAGGAUCACUUUAUUCUAAGUGAAGUGGUGACAUUCCAUUUUGUAAUAGAAAGUGAAUCUGUAUGAUUAAUCUACUGUUAAGUUGUCGCGUAAGUCGUACAAAUGACUGAGUUUUGCGUCAACAAUAAAUAAUUAGGCUGGUGGUAAGAUCUUUCAAGAAGGCGAAUGAAGUAAGUAUGGGUUGUACUGAUAAAUAUGGAUCUGCCUAUCUGUUAUCCCAAUUGUGCACACUAAUCACUUUUAUCAUUCUUUUCAGUGUUUUCGUGAUGUUUGUCAAAUGUUCAACUUACAUUCUUUCAUAAUUCGGCUGUAUUAUUAAAAGUUCGUUGUUUUUGUUAUAGUGGUCAUUAAAAUGCAACUCAGUGGGACAUUUGAUGUUAAACUUGGAAAGAGUUUUCUUGAUCGAGAUCCAACAUCAUAUAUGACAAUGCGUUGUGAUUUUAUGCCUGCCUCAGUAGACCGGUCACAACCUGGCUCAAUCAGGGUAAAUGAAGGUAACGAGGUUGUUGUUGACAUGCCUAAUGUAACAAGCACCAACUUGGACGCAACAACUACAUUUCGUGGGACUGCUCGUUCUGUUCAGAAAGAAUGUAUUUUGAUAUAUAAUAAAAAGACCCAUGAGUUGACUUUAGAGCGAAUUGCACAUACCGUGCAGUUGAAGAAAACUCGCGAAGGACGAAAGCCUGAUACAGCCAGUCUUCCUAACUCGGAAGGUUCACAGUUGCUCCCGUUGCCUGACCGUUCAGGUCAAGAAACUAACUUGAAAUCUAUCCGACCUACUCCGCCUAAAAGAAAACCACCCAAUGAUCCUGAGAUGAUGUCUGUUACUUCAAAUACUACAGCACAACAGUCAUUGGAGAAGAAAACACACUCAAGAACUCUGAGUAGCAGUAGUAGUAGUAGUAGUGCUUCCAGUAGCAGCAGUGAUAUGGACGCGGAGUCAUCGGAUAGUGAUGAUGAUGAUGAUGACAGUGUUUCGGAGAGUGAGUCAAGUUCUACUCUGAGCAGUUUAUCAAGUGAAAGAAAGAAAUCAGCGAAAACUAAGCCACCCUCUUCAAAUACAAAAUCUGAUACUAAAGCGGUGGUUAAUCCGAAUUUGUCAGCUCAUCGUAAAUUGAUUGAGCACGAUUUAAAGCUUAGUGACUCUGACUCUGACUGUUGCAGUGACUAGGAGAUACUACAACCGCCGGGAUUAGUUUCCUAAUUGUUUUCGAAUAUAAAUUAUUAAUAAUCUUUACUAUAAAAGUGAUCAAUGAAAUAGUAAAAUGUUACAGAAAUUGAUUAUUUCUUCUGACAGAUUUUGUGGUGCUAAUUUAUUUUAAAAUAAAUACUGUUGUUUAUCGUGUACCACAUUCGAUUUUUUCGUUGAACACUUAACAAUAAUCAUUAGUUCGUUGGAGAAUUUAAUCCACUAACUUUCUUUAGUGUUUAUAAUGUGUAUUGUGGCGGUGUGUGUGUGUGAACCAAAAUGGAUAGUGGUGUUUAUUAAUUUGAUAGUAGUACUGUAAUGGGGAUCUCAGGAUAAAUCUGCUUCACUGAUGGUGGUUGCAAAUAUAAUAGUAUUUCGU